AACCACGGGAACACCCGCGCUUUAGAUUUGACUCUAGAGAGACUGUAUUACACGGUACUAAUACUUAUCUCGAGCCCCGCCCCCACCUCGAACGUUUCAGAGAUUCCUGGCUCCUGCACCCUCCCGGAAUAACUCCCAGCAAAGGCUUAUAACUCCAUUACUCAUAGAAAAAUACCCCCGAACAAUGCCCACAACUCGACGGUCACGGGCAACCAAACCGGUCCGAUACUCCGUCGAUCCAUACCAAGACCUAGACAGCGAUGCCGAGGCGCGGCCGACACACAAUCACCACGAAGAGGGCGAAAACAGUGAAUACCAAGUCUUAGAAAAGCCAGGAUCCUCCAGCCGGCAGGGUCCACCUAAGAUUCCCGGACAAGGUGAAUCUGCAUCCGACGCUAAUUCUGACAGCUUUGAAGACGAGGAGGAGGAGGAGGAGGAGGAUGAUGAUGACGAUGAUGACGACGCUUAUGGCUCUGGAGGAGAGACCCCACGGGCGCGAGGGAACCCACAAGGAAGGAGAAGAGGACGAGGAAGGACACCUAAACAAUCCUCUGGCCGCAGAGCUGACGCCACAUUAAUAAGCCCUGCAAGUGCCCGAGUCCACCGCCGACACGAAUUCCAUGCUCCUAGGACUUCGAGGAAGCGCCGGCAGAGAGCCGCUAGUGAGGACACGAUCAAUUCCAACGCAGAGGAGGCAGAAUAUUUUGCUUUAAAGCUGCCGAAUCCGAGUGUCAAACUUACCUAUCGUCCGCGGAUCCACCAGGCAACCGGAAAGCGGGAGAGGCUAUUCACUACGUAUGGAAUGAAUACCCAUGCGCUGGUAAUUGCCACCGGUGUUCGAGACCGCUCUUUGGGGGUCCCAGCGGUGCCGGAGGAAGAUAGCUUUGAACCAGAUCCUUUCUGGCAGGAAGGGCAGGAUGAAUUGGUUGAUUUGAGUGAUGGGAUGCAGAGGGUUGAGAGAAUGGAGUAUUGUGAUGCAAACUCGGUAGAUGGGACAGGGGUUACUGCAGAGAUGCAUAUGCCAUCUAAAAGCGAGGAGCCAAUCAAGUGUAUUAUUGGUCCCGGAGCCGAGCGAAAGAUUUUGACAUUCCAAAGGUUUGGGAUAUUUAACCUGAAGGAAUCUGGAGAACAUAAAAACGGAUACAUAUUAAACGCUGGAGGACACGUCACAAGUAUGGAAUGGGCGCCCAAUAGGCCAAAAGGUGUUCAGUAUCUCGCAAUAUCUACCAAAAAAUCCGGUCCCGAUAGAUCAAAGUUCCCAGAACCGAGACCGAUCACAAAGUCCAUAUAUGUCCCUGAACCCUCACCCUCAUGCAUACAGAUCUGGCGCUUCCCCACUUCCGAGGAUGUAAAGCCCAGCGAUCCUCCGUCCAUAGCAUUGGCCCUAUGUCACGAGUGGGGCUAUGCACAGCACCUCUCGUGGUGCCCGAUAAAGAAAACACCAAAAGAUGAAAAGGAACUAGAUGAUGAUACUGAUGGCGAUUGCAUCUUCUUGAAGAUAGUAGAACCAGCGUUUGAAUUAUCGAUAAAAGACUCCAUGUGCUCUUCUAUAGCCUGGUUAUCUGACCACGAGAUCGUGGCUGGUACCGCAACCGGGGAAAUUGCAGUAUGGGAUCUACGCUACAAAUUCGACGGGGAGUUCAUACCCACCCAGCUCUUCCCCCUCCACCACAGUUACAUAACUCAGCUGGCAACCUGCUACCCCUCCUUCCCACACUACAUUCUAUCUGCCUCAAUGGACGGCUACUGCCGCCUAACCUCCCUCUUGGACCCUUUUGCGGACACAAUCGUCAACAACCGCUCCCGUAUCGCCCCUCAGUCGAUCACCUGGGUCGACGCUCUCCAGGCUGCCGUCUCCAGCGAAGAAGGAGCAUGGAUAAAGUACUAUCCGCUCCGCCGCUUCUACUCCUCAACCAUGCUCGCCCGACACGGUGGUGUUGGCAGCUCCGUCGCUUCCUCCAGAAUGCACACGUUUGUGCUGAGUGGGGGCACCGAGGGAGAGGCUAUCUUUUCGAACCCGGCACGGAGAAUGUUCCAUGCGAAGAUCAAGAAUUACCAGCAGACUUGGUUUCAGUUAGAGUUUGCGCAGAGUACGGGGAUGUUUAGGAUUAAUGAGGGGUUUAAGCUCGAGAUGAAGGAGCCGUUCAGUGCUAUGGUUCACUCGACGCAAUCCGCUAUUGCUUCUGUCUGUUGGAACUCCAAUGAUAAUUGUGGAGGAUGGGCUACUGCGGGGGCUGCAUGUGGGUUGGUAAGAGUUGAGGAUGUCACGAUAUAUACUGAGUAA